AUGGUAAAUAAUAAUAAUAAUAAUAAUAAUAAUAAUAAUAAUAAUAAUAAUAAUAAUAAUAAUAAAGAUAAUAAUAAUAAUAGUAGAGGCUGUGUACAUACAGUCAUUAGCGGUAAUUAUGAGAAUCUUAACUUGAAGGCAUUCGUCUUGCUAUUUUAUUUCAGUUUAAUGAAUCUUAUGUUAAGAAAUUCAAGAGCUGAAAUCGACUGUUUACUUUUUACUGAGCGUCUUGCACCAGCUAAUAAUGAACGAAACACAAUUCCUGACACAAGUUGCUCUCAUUUGCCAGUCAAAUUCACUUUCUGUGAACCGGACCUAGAAGACUCAGAUGAUUCCCGUCACCUAGCUGAAGUAUCUAUAUCGAAUGAUUUAGUUGGUACGAAACGUAUUAAUGAUCGGUUCGACGAUAAUGACAGUAAACGCCCAGUUAUGCCAAGUGUUCUUGGACCUAAUGUUCUUAAAAACACUCUAAGUAAUUCAUUCGCAUCCAUACCAAAUCACAUAAGAUCUGCAGAGUGUGAAAAUAAGCAACAUAAUACUAGUAAACAAUCUUGUCAAAAUAAUACAAUAAAUUCUCUUCUAACAUCUAAAACAAGUUUAUCAUCAUCAUCAAUACUUGGCUCGCCUAAAUUACAUCAAAGUAAUCAAAAUAUUCCACUGAUUGGUUUGCGCUCCAGUUCCAACUUGACUAUAUCAUCAUUGUCAACAGUUCAAAGCCGUCAUAUUGUGGAGUCCAGUUCUACAAGUGCAUUAUCCAGUCAAAAUGUUUCAAAGCCAAGUCGAUCUCGACCUAGACGUUUUGCAAAUCUUUACAGUUCAUUAACUCCAUCCUAUCGAACGAAGUUGGAACAAUUUCGACGUAUUUUUCGUGAUACUCCUGUUGACACUGAACGACUACUUGUAGAUUAUUCAUGUGCUUUAUCUAAGAAUAAUAAUGGUCUAUUACUUCAAGGUCGAAUGUAUAUUACUGAAACAUGGGUUUGCUUUUAUUCAAAAAUUCUAUACGAACAAAAAAUAUUUUUGGCAGUCAAUGAGAUUGUUGCAAUUACCAAAGAGAAAACUGCUCGUGUUAUACCAAAUGCAAUCCAAAUUUUAUAUUCUAAAAAUCAUGAACGAUUUUUCUUCACAUCAUUCGCUUCCAGAGAACGAUCUUAUGCAAUAUUACGCAAAGUUUGGGAAAAUUGUCGUAACCAUCAGACAAUGAGUAUUGAUGAAAUAUUACAACAAAUACGUGAUAUGUAUGGUGAUUAUAGUUUAGCUAUGGUUGAAGAUGAAGAAGAUACAGAUGGUGAUGCUGAAUUAGUCCCGACUACUUUUCCUCAUAGGCCGCGAACUUUAUCCGAUUCAUCUCUGUCUUCACAACUCAGUGGUCGAUCGAAGUCGGUUUCGCUUGAAGAUGUGUGCCAUUCGGAUCAACCAGUUAAUCUCGAUCGCUCUUCUAAAUGUUCAGUACUAGGAACUACGGAUGAUGAAUUAAAAGUUGUAUCCGAUGCUGAUAUUCCUUUUAAACGUGUUCCAUCCUUUUCAGAUCCAAGUCACUUCAGUACAAUUGAGGAUGAACCAAAGUCUCAACAACUAAACACUAUCAAAGGUUGUACGACCCCUGAAGUUAAAUGUCAUUUAACAUCAGGAACUACACCUAAUGAAGUUAUGUCAGAUAGUUUCCAAGUGCCUCAUAAAUCUGUGAAAGAGAAAAAGAAACGUACACGAAAAAAGCGUCUCGGAUCUCACCAUCAUGAUGAAGUAUCUAAUUCGAAACUAAUGCAACCUAAUUACUUAAGUACUCACGAUCCAUCACCUCCAGAUACAUCCGUAGUAAGUUCUGUGGAACCUCCUAUCACAUGUGGUCCAGGUCACGAUCAUCCAGGUAGAGUGUAUGCAAACACUGACAUUCCACUGAAUGUUAACGCUUUAUUUCGAUGUAUUUUUACGGAUUCGGAAUUCUUCUCGCGAUUCAGUGAACAUCGUGGUACAUUUGGAAUGAUUCAAUCUCCAUGGCCAGUAUUCAAGUGGUCUAGUCCCUCAGAAUGUCUAAAUCAGUUAGAAACUUCUUGUAAAAUUGAACGAACUAUUACCUAUACGCUGACAUUAAAACAGAAACUUGGACCAAGAACAUGCACUGCAGUGGAACAACAGACUCUUCUCCCAAGUGAAUCCAUAUCUGGGAAAAGAUAUAUCAUUGAUGCUAAAGUUACAAAUCAUGCUGUACCACUAAGUAAUUGUUUCUAUGUAGUUAGUCGUUAUUGUUUAUUAUAUGUAAAUCGUACAACUAGCCGAUUACACGUUAGUUCACAAGUUAUUUAUGAGAAACCAGUCUUUUUUGGCGCAAAAAGUAUCAUAGAAAACACUUGUCAUUCUGGUCUUUCGGAUUUCUUUGAUACAAUAACUAUUAAAUUAAAAGAAUUCGCUACAAAUUUAUCCUUAGAAGAACGUCUAACUGGUGGUUGGUUAACACAACAGAGAGGAUGUUUAAACAAUAUUACUCCUCCGUUAAAUCCAUCAAAUAUUCAAAAUAAUUCACUAUUAAUUCGAAGUGUUAAUGGCAAUCAGAAUAAUCGUAAACUUAAUAAAGCUGAUGCAUUGUUUACAGGGAAUGUAAACAAUGGCAAAGUCCCUGCAUCACGAUAUUCUGAUCAAGCAAAAUCAUCUAUAUUCAACAGCUGUAUAAAUGAUAAUACAAAUGUUAAAAAACAAAAUAAAACUACACUGUUCGGAUCUGGUGACAUGACUUACUUAUUUAUGCGUCCAGACCGCGCUUGGUUAUUAUUAGUUAUUAUAGGUUUAUUACUUUGCUUAUUCUUAUCAAUGGUAUAUAAUCGGCUAGUAGUUUUAGAAAAACUAGCAGAACAAUUUCCUCCUUUAUCAGCCCGUGACCGGAAUCAUUUUCAGGAUCUGUUUGGAACAUCGCCACAAGAAGAUCGAGGAUCUAUACCAAUUUACAAGGAUCAUUUAGCUUCAAAAUCACCUGAAUGGGCAAGAACACGAUUAAAAGUGAUGAAGGAUCUCAUACAUCUGUUAUCUAAAACACUUAUACAGAUGCAACAGACAUUAACACAAGUACAACAGGGUAUAGAACUUCUAGAAUUCCCAUCAUCUAACUUGGAGGAUAAUAUUAAAACAAGUAUGAAUGUGAAGACUCCGACAAAUACAGACACAAAUUGUCCAGAUACUCAAACUAAACAUGUACCUUAA